GUUGCUACAUAAAUAAACUGAAUUGAAUUGAUUCCUGUUUAAGUGGUGCAGAGAAAAGUCACAUCUUCACUCUGGAAACGUGUAGCAUCUCGUUUUCUCCCUGAUCUGGACUGCUUGGUCUGUUGGGGCCCAACGCCAGGGGCCCAAAGAGUCUCGGGGCCCCAUGAGCUUCACCAGUAAAAUGUCAGAAACAGACCCCUGCUGACAUCUAGUGUGACACGUUUAGAGCUGAACUCCAUCAACUGGAUGUUAAACGUUUUACAUCAUUUCUAACCAGUUUUAAGGAGAAACAACGAAGAAAAGACACUUGAGAGGUCAGGAAUCAUCACCACAGCAUUACAAAGCUUAAUAUUAAGAGGCUUAGGAAGAUGAAUAAUGGAGAAAAGAAAGGCAGAAGACUAGAAAAAGGAGGAGGAGCGAAACCGGCUUUCUGCUCCUUCACUGUAUUAAUUUAUUCAGCGCUGCUUCCUCUGGAGCAGAGAGGAGGAACGAACAGGAGCUGAGCGUUGGCUUUCUGCCGGCCGGCCGGGAUUCCCACCAUCAACCUCUGCUGAUGCCUACGGAGCCUGAACAGAUCCUCUUUGGGAUUCUGCCUGAUUUUCAGCUGAACAAGCAGGAAUAAUAACAAUGUCAAAACCUCUGAAUGCCACUAAACAAAGGACGGAUAUUGUUCAGUUGGAACUUGACGUUCCAGAAGACGUGGAGCCUUCAAGCACAGCUGUGAACACGGAUCCCAACGACAACUGGGGUAUGGAGCCAAACUUCAACCUCAACUUCAAUCUGAGCUCUCAGAGUAACCCUCGUCCCACCAAAGAGCCCUCAAAGAUGCAUUCUGGGAGUAAGAAGGAAAAUAAAAGUAAAGGAGGAGCAGCAGCUGCAGAUUUUAACACCAUUUCAGUACCAAGUGAAAAACCUAGGAGCAAAAUCCCAACAGCAACAGCUCAGAUGACUGUGAAAGACAAAGUCAGCCAACAGCCGAAAUCUCCAAACAUUAAGAAUUCCUCUUCACCCGAGGUACAAAGUCCCAAACCAACCGGGGUGGAGCUGAGGAGCAGCCAGAGAUCUACAGAAAAAGUCAGAAGUGAAACACCUACAGCAGAAUCUGCAAAGCCAGUGACUGCGGUGACACCUGAGCCGACAGCUAACUCUGCAAACAGCGUAACACCAACCCGAAAGACGCAAUCAAACAGGACCAAUGAAGGUGGAAGAGAGAUUCACCUUGAGACGCCACCAAAAACCCUGCAGCUGCCUAAAAGCCCAAAGGUCCAUAAUCAAAAGGGAGAUAAAAGCACCAUAAGCCCAAAGCUAACAACAACUCGAACCCCAACUAUGAUGGCCAAAAUAAAAAAACCAGAUCCAGUAAACUCGACUGCUGACCAAAAACCUGAAGACGACUCUGGAGCUCAAGGUGUUUUUACAACCUCAGGAACCUCUCAGAAAGAGAAAACAGGGUCACCACUUCUCAGGACCAAACCCUCCCGAGUAUCCUCUCUGAGUCCGAAUCCAUCCACUCAACGAAAAACCAACGGAACCAGAACCAUUAACGUGUCAAAGUCUGAGGGGAAUCUUCACAGUAAAGACUUAAAGGCUGCUUCUGGACCCAAAGUCAAUAUCAAAACCAGUUCAACCCCCAGAUCUACAAAAAGAUCCAAAGAUGGUCUGGAUUCAAAACUCAGCUCCAAGUCCAGAGACGCACUGGAUUCCAGAAGCAGCAGCGCCUCGAAAAGCAGUUUGGACUCUCGGGACAGUUUGGAUUCCAAGAAGCUCCAGAGUUCAAAGGUUAUCCGAAAUCCACAUGACCCAAAAACCUCAGCAGAAACCAGGAUGAAGAAAAGCCACCAAGGUUCGGAGAAAGUUAUUGAUUCCAAAACCGUCCCAAAGAACAAUCACGAUUCUAAACUUCUCCAAAUCUCAAAAGCAGGUUUUGAUCCCAAAAUAAAACCCAACUCUGGUUCUGAUUCUAAACCAGGCUUCACCCAAUCUGGUUCUCCAGCUACGCUGCAGGCCUCUGCUUUCAGUAUGGAUCUUCUUGGCUGUGGUUCCCUUUCUCCCAUCUCCAGCGGAACCAUCAAGACGUCAGGUUUUGCUGUUGAGCUCAGUUUAAAUCGUAAGAGUCAAUCAGAUUCAUCGAGACCUGGGCAAGUUCGGUCCGGUUCUAAGUCAACACUCACUGAUUUGUCCGCUCCGAUAUCAACAAUUCAGAGUCCAGGAGCCAGUACUGGAAAAAAUGUUGCUUCUCCUGUAACUGGAUCAAACAAGGAGAACCAGAAGAGUCCAAGUUCCACUCCAGGUAUCUUGGCCCCUUUGGCAUCUUCCAGUCCUAAAACCAGGCCUGUGGUGACCUCCAAAAUCCUGGAAGGAUCCACAGAUGCCUCAGAAGAACGUGCAGUUAUGACAAGAGAUCCUAACAGUUCAUCCCGAAAUACUAGUCUGACUCGAGGUCUUACCUUUGAUUCGAUCACAAAACCUGGUAAUAAUACUGGCAAUAAGCAUUUAAAAGCCGCUGAGAGUGAGGUUAAUACUCAAGGAAAGGUGGAGGUUUCAGAAGAGGCCAAGAAUGACAGGGAUGGACGUCCAUCAGGGGAUCCGGAGGGGAAAUCGGUUCUCCCACUGAGUAAAGCUGGUCACCCAGGAGACACAAAUAUCAUCUCAUCACCUCGGGCAACCAGAGCAAGAGAACCAAAGCAGCAAAUACAAGUUCAUGGAAAAAAGAAUGAAGGGACUCCUUCAUCUCCUCUUCGUCCUGUCUCUUCUUCUUCCACUCCUACACCAACCAAGAAGAAAGUCAAAGAGACUGCACCUAAACCUGAGCUUUCUCAAAGACUCCAUAAAGGUGCAGGGAUGCAGAAAGAGGUGGGCGUUCAGGUGGAGGUGGAAGUGGUCGAGCGUUCUGCCUCUACAAGUCCCAGCCUCUACCGCGGACUUCCCACCUCCUCCAUGACUGGUUCCUCCAGCUGUCAGUCAUCGCUGAGCGGCGUGCCACCUCUCAAACAUGUCUGCCAGAUCGAGAUUGAGCUGUGCAGCCAAACGCUGCUUCCAUACGUUGUUCCUGACAAGGCCAGUUCCCUCCCUGCAUGUUUACACUUCCAGCAGAACGCUGCUCUUAGGUCGGAGUUCGGAUCACACCACAAUCCAGAUGUUAGUGGUGAGAGCAUCCAGGAAGAUGAAACUAAAGAUGAGGAACAAUGGCAACCCAACAAAAAACAGGAGGAUGGGUUUAAAGGGCAGACGGAAAAGCCCCCGGAGGUGUUGUGGGACAAACAAGGGAUGACGUGGGAGGUUUAUGGCGCCUCCGUAGACCUAGAGUCUCUGGGCACGGCCAUCCAGUCCCACCUGGAGAUGAAGAUUCGAGAACAGGAGAGGCACAUCCGGAUACUUCGGAAGUCCAUCUGCUCCAACAGCAGCUUUGCCCGGUACAAGAGGAAGAAGAGACAGAGAAGGUUUCUGGGUUGCUGCGUCAAGGCGUCCGCCGUGGCUGACUGAGAUCAGCGCAGGAUGUUCAGGACAUUAAGGACGGUCAGGACAUUCAGGACGUUCAGAACAUUCAGGAC